AUGGAACCAAAUGAGUUCUCAUACAUACUGAGUUUCAGCAUUUUGUUUAUGUUAUGGUCCAAAGGUAGUGGUGGAAGGUUCAUUAGAGCACGAUUCCAACAGGUCAAGAAAUCGUCGCCUACACGGCUACCACUAACAGAACCUGAAAGGCGUUCACCACCGGCCUGGCUAACCCCGAGUUACAGUCAACCAAUUCGACGGUCAGUACAACCGUCCAAGGAUGCUGCCAGCAACAAACCUGCAGACAUCGUGACAGAGAAGAUUGAGCUGUACGAACUUCAUGCCGUUCCUGAGAGACGCUAG